AUGAAAAACCAUUUUGAAUCUGCAAGUGAAAGCAAGAAAACUCUUCUUUUAAGAUGCAAAGAUACAAUAGAAUCGCUUGAACAAGAGCUUCAACAAGAAAAAGAAUUUAGAAUUGACGCAGAAAAGCAGUCUCGAGACCUUCUCCGAGAAAACAGUCUUCUCAAAGAAGAAAUCGACGAGCUGAAUCUUCAAGUAAACACUUUAAAAUACGAAAUUCAAUCCCAAACAGAAGAACUCGGCACAUUUCAAAAGAAAAAACAAAAGGCUUAUGAAGAGCUUGACGCCUGUAAAAUAAAUUUGGAAAAGGAAAAAGCCUUUUCACAUCAUAAUCAGCUUGAGCUUUCAAAGCUGCAGAACUUUAUAGACCAGCUCAGAGGAGAAUUAAAAAAUAAACAAGAUUCCAUUGAUGAAUGAAAUGAAGCAGUCUCCAAUGUUGAAGGGAAACUUAGGAGCUAUUCUGAAGAAAAUAAAAGUUUAAAACAAGCUGUUGAAAAAUAUGUUGCAAAAUGCGAAGAACUGCUAAACCAAAAUGAAGAACUUAAUGGACUAUGGACUGAAGCUAUAAACGAAAAUAAAGAACUCAAAAAAACAGCUUCAGAGCUUAGGAUUGAAAAAGAGCAAGCCUAUGAAAAAAUCAGAAGGGCAAACAUGCAAGUCCAUGAGCACUCUACUUAUCUUGAAAAAAGCAGCCAAAUUUCAGCCCAAAAAAUGCAGGAAAUAAUUGAUAAACUUGAAAACGAAAAACAAAAAUGCAGCAGGCUUGAAAAAGAAAAUAUCGAAAUAAAUAUAAAAAUUGAGGAAUUAAAAAAAAAUCUUGCAAUUCAAAGAGAAGAGUACGAAAAUAAAUUUUUAAUCACAAAAGAAAAAGAGACUGAGCUUGUGUUUGAGCUGGAAAAAACAAAGCAGCAAACAGAGAAGCAGAUUUCUAAGCUGAAUAAAGAAAUUCUUGCAAAGGAACAUUUGAUUGCGAAAAUGGAAGCAGAUAUAAGCUUCGCUAAACAAGAAUCAAAUAUGAUUAUGGAAGCCCAAGCAGCCUUACAAAACAAUUUUAAAGAAAUUUCUGAAAAAAAUUCAAAUUUAAAGUCAAAACUUAAAGAGAAAGAAGAGUCGAUAAAUGAAAAAUCAAAAAUUUUAUUCAGACUUGAUGAGCAAAUAAAGAUAAUUGAGGAAAACUCAGAAAGGGAGCUUAAUAGCCUAUAUGAUUCUGUAGAAAUUUUAAAGGAAACUUUAAGGUCUGAGCUUUUCCAAAAGGAGCAAGACUACCUCAAACAAAUCGAAGAAAUAAAGCACGACCAUGAAAAAAUGCUUGAAAAAGACACCCUCACACGAGAAUUUGACAUGGAAAGCUUCCGAAUUGAAGCCCAAAGGUCAAAAGACCACUAUAUUAAACUACUCUCCAUAAAAGAAGAAGAGCUUGACGUCUUAAAUCAAGACCGUAAAAAGCUCCAAGACGUCAUAUAUGAGCUAGAAGGCAAAGUAAAUGAUUUGAGCAUAACUCUUGACCAAUCUAUAAUCGAGCGCAAAAAAAUUAACGCAGAACUUGUCAGACAUAAAGAAAACGAUUUAGAAUUGUCCAAUAAAUCAACUAUCAGCAAUCUUCGUCUGCAAGAAGAAAACGACCAGCUUAAUCAAAGAAUGACUGAAGAAGCUGCAUAUUUUAAUCAGCUGCUUCAGCGAAGGGAUGAAGAAAUUACCCAGCUUAAAGACAAAUUUGAAGAAAGACUGAAAAAAAGGGUCAUGAUUUCUCAAGAAAAAAUAAGUAAUUGGAAAACAAGGCUUAGACAAGAAAUCGAAUUUUUCAGAAAAAGCGGAACACAAGAUAUGCAAGCGCUGAAUGGGUUUAUGGAUAGACUGGAAAAACUUAUAAGUAAUAUUUCGUUUUAA